AUGGCCGACUACCUUUUGUUCGAGGGCCCUAUGGGCUACUCAAUCUUCAAAGUCGCUCACCAGGGAGACAGCGUUGGAAAUCGUUUGAAGGAGGUUCAAGAUGGUGUGAAUGAUCUUGCGAAAUUCGGCAAGAUGAUUGAACUCGCCAGUUUCCUGCCGUUCGAAAACAACAAGCAGGCUCUCAGCGAAAUCAACGAUGUUUCGGAAGGUGUCGCUUCUGACACUCUUAUCAACUUUCUCGAAUUGAACCUUCCAAAGGCCAGCAAAAAGAAGAAGAUCGUUCUCGGACUUGCUGACAAGGCGCUGGCUUCAAGUAUCAAAUCAGCGUUCCCUUUUGUCGAUUGUGAGACUGGAGACACCAGUGAAGUUGUGCAAGAUAUGCUUCGUGGAAUCAGGUUGCAUGCCUCUAAGUUGCUAAAGCAGCUCCGCGAGGGUGAUAUGGAUACUGCCCAGCUUGGUCUCGGUCACGCCUACUCCCGUGCUAAGGUCAAGUUCUCCGUCCAGCGUGACGACAACCACAUUAUUCAGGCUAUUGCAAUUUUGGACCAGCUCGACAAGGCCAUCAACACCUUCUCUAUGAGGGUGAGAGAGUGGUACUCGUGGCACUUCCCCGAACUUGUCAAGAUCGUUUCGGAUAACCAGCGCUAUGCUCAGCUUGCACUCUUUGUCAAGGACAAAAAGACUCUGACUGAUGAGAGCUUGCACGACCUUGCUGCUCUUGUGGAGGAUGAUGAGGGUGUUGCUCAGAGCAUUAUUGAUGCUGCCAAGCACAGCAUGGGCCAGGAAAUAUCUGAGUCGGACAUGGAGAACGUCAUUGCGUUCGCACAAAGAGUUGUUAGCCUUUCCAAGUACCGCAAGUCGCUGCACUCUUACCUGGUUUCCAAGAUGAGCGUUGUCGCUCCUAACCUUGCUGCGUUGAUCGGAGAGAUCGUUGGCGCUCGUCUGAUUUCGCAUGCCGGAAGCUUGACCAACUUGUCCAAGUAUCCCGCUUCUACCGUGCAGAUUCUCGGCGCGGAGAAGGCUCUUUUUAGAGCUCUGAAGACCAAGGGAAACACUCCCAAGUACGGACUGCUGUACCACUCCUCUUUCAUUGGCCGAGCUGGCCCCAAGAACAAGGGUAGAAUCUCGCGAUUCCUUGCAAACAAGUGCUCUAUCGCUUCCAGAAUCGAUAACUUCUCCGAGCAACCCUCGACCAAGUUCGGUGAAGCCCUGAAGAAGCAGGUUGAGGAACGCCUGGAGUUUUAUGCUUCUGGCGCAGCCCCUACUAAAAACGAAGUUGCCAUGAAAUCCGCCAUGGAUGCCGUUCUGGCCGAGAUGGACAUCGACGCUGAUGAUAGCGACAAGGAGAUGCACGACGUCGAUGACAAGGCUGAGAAGAAGGAGAAGAAGGAGAAGAAGGAAAAGAAAGAAAAGAAGGAGAAGAAGGACAAGAGCGAGAAGGAAGAAAAGAAGAAGAAGCGGAAGUCCGACGUUGGCGAAGGCGAAUCCGAGAAGAAGAAGCGCAAGCACGACAACGAUGCCGAGCCGUCCAAGAAGAAGAAGAAGGUCUAG